ACUGCUCUCUGCUUACAUAAUACUACACUGAUAAAUCAGAGUACACAAGAGAAUAGUCCAGUGGGCCACUGCUCUUACUUUACUUUGACCACAUGGUGUUUGUGAAUGUUUUGGCGACUUGAAUAUGCUCACCUUCCAGGUCCUGUUCAUGCUGCUCCUGACUGCUGCAGCUGACGGUCAGUCUUUCCACCCGGGAAAAUGUCCCCGGCCAUCUGUUCAGGAGGACUUCAGCGUUACAAGGUAUAUGGGCACCUGGUAUGAAAUAGAGAAGCUCCCAGCUAUGUUUGAAAGGGGACAAUGCAACCAAGCAACGUACAGUCUGCUUACUGAUGGGACGGUCAAAGUUCACAAUUCAGAGCUGCUGCCCAGUGGGAAGAUACAUUCAAUUGAGGGUGUUGCCAAAGUGAAAAACUCUUCUCACCCUGCUAUUCUGGCUGUCAGCUUCUUUAAAGGUGUUCCAGACGGUCCCUACUGGGUACUGUCCACAGACUACCAGUCAUAUUCUCUGGUGUACUCUUGUCUUGACUUCUUUGGCUUUUUCCACGUUGACUACGCCUGGAUCCUGGCUCGUACUCGGGUGUUGACUGAGGAUAUCGUUAGCCAAUUGCACGAGGAGCUGGCCUCUGCUGGUGUAAACUUAAACCGCCUUACAGUCAGUAAUCAGACUGGUUGUGACCAGACCAAAGGUAUGAAAUGAAAAAA